AUGGCUUGCAAUUGUUACGGAAAAAAUACAGAGGAACCAACAUUCUCUGAUAGAAAGGCAAAUCCCUACUCUCAUUUGUUUAAAUACAUUAUGGUUGGAGAUUCUGCUGUUGGAAAGAGUAACUUGUUGCUUCAAUUUGUUGAUAAGCGAUUCUCUCCCAACUCUGACUUUACAAUUGGUGUAGAAUUUGGUUCACGUUCUAUCAAUAUAGAUAAUAAUCAAGUUAAAUUACAAAUUUGGGAUACUGCAGGACAAGAAAAGUUUAGAAGUAUUACUAGAGCAUAUUAUAGAGGAGCAGUUGGAGCUUUGAUUGUAUACGAUAUCACUAGAAGAGAGACAUUUGAGGGUUUGGCCAAUUGGUUGACCGAUUGCAGAAAAUACAGUUCGACCGAUGUCACCAUUGUACUCGUUGGCAACAAAUGCGAUCUUGAAGCCAGUCGACAAGUCUCAUAUGCCGAAGCCAGCUCAUUUGCCAAUGAACAUGGUCUUUUAUUUUUCGAAACAUCUGCAAAGACUGGAUCCAAUGUCGACGAAGCCUUUGAACAAACUGCAAAGAUCAUUUUUGAAAGAACUAAAAAUAAUCCACAAGAUAAUGCGGAAUAA